AUGUCCAAGAGUGACCGCUCGCAUACUAACACUGACGGGAUAAGCCAGCGUGAGGCCGCCGAGCGCAUACAGCGCGUAUGGAGGUCUCGGAACCGCGCCAGCUCGAAGAAAUACAUGACCCCGGACGCGCGGUGGAACGACGCGCUGUUGACCGUCGAAAUGGAGGCCUCCGAUAUCGGUGCGCAGAGAGAAGGCGGCAACGGAGCCAAGAUGCGCUGGCGGCGCGCAGCUGUGACGACGCAGCGGCUACACGAUAGAAAUAGUGUGCUGCGAAACGAAGGCCUGGAUAUUCCUGGAGCCGCGCACAAGCGGCUGGAGACGCAGCAUUGGCUGGAACUCGUCGAUGGGAAGCACCGCUAUGGAUCGAAUCUCAAGUAUUAUUUUAAACGGUGGAAAGAUUCAGAUACCGAAGAUAAUUUUUUCAAAUGGCUGGACCGUGGGGACGGCAAAAAGCUCUCUUUGAAAGAAUGUCCAAGGGAGCAGCUAGAGAAAGAGGUACGAGUCGAAUUCUGCUUGAACUACCUCGUCAACAUCGACUCCGAUGGGAAGCUGCGAUGGGCACGAAAUGGUCACCUAGUGGAUACUUCGGCAGGGCACUGGAAGGACGCAGGUCGAGAUGAGGGGAUCGUUCCUCUGGACGCACCGGAUGCCCCAGAACAUCAAGGAUCCAACACCUCUGCCUUGUCUCCCGUUUCGUCUUCGCUUUCAUCAGCCGAAGAAAACGCCAUUGCGCACUACGUUGGGCCUCAAAAGGGUAAGUAUGGACUGACCCGAGCACUGCGAAGCCAUUUCACCAUCCACGGAAUCAUCGAUAAGUUGCUGCGAAAGACGCUCAGGAGGAACACUUGGAUAUAUGUUUCGGACAUGAAUUUCAACUUAUUUGUUGGCAUUAAAGAACCUGGAACGUUUCAGCACUCUUCGUUUCUUGCAGGCGGAUUAGUGACAUCUGCUGGCUUGAUAUCAGUCAAAGAGGGCAUGAUACACACUCUCUCACCGUUAUCUGGACACUAUAGGACAUCAAUUGACCAUUUCCGAAGUUUUUUGAAGGCCCUAGAACGGCGCGGUGUCAAUAUGGAGAAGGUCGAGAAAAGUAAGGCCGAAACGGCCUUGUGGCUGAUCGAACAUCUAGCAAAGAUGAGGAAACAUCAAUCAGAGCUGUUCUCUCGAGGUAAAAACAAAGCGAAAAGCACCAUGGGAGAGGCUGGAGAACUUGGGGAUGCAGUAGUUAGCGGAAGCUGGAAGCGCGAUAUAUUGGAAGGCCGGAAAAAGCAAAGGCCUGAGGGGAAAGCGAAGGAAACUCACAGAUCACAAAACAGCGAAAGUCAAGAGAAACGUGAAGAGCAACGUGGUGAGAAGGCCGAAUGGCCCGUCUCCGGUGGCCCUCACGAGAGCGAUGUUCAAACACGAGAAAAACACAACGGAGAUCAUUCUUCGCAGGUAUAG